AUGGGGCGGCCGGCCAGCCUCAAGCUCAUCACACGCCGCCGCAUGCAGCUGAGGAGACAAAAGUCGACGAUGCCUCCGCGCAGAAGCCUCUUCACGCCUUUCAUCCCGGAGAUCCACGCGGUCCAGCGCGCCAGGCCCGAGGGCGAGCCUGGCAGUCCCGCGUGCACCCUCGUGCAGCGGAGGUUUGGAGCCGGUGCGGGCACGCUCCUCCAUGGCCUCCCGCAGGCGGCGGACAUGCGCACCAUCGAGCGCACCCAGCGGCGGAGGCGCCUGGCCGCUAACGCCCGUGAGAGGCGACGCAUGCUUGGCCUCAAUGUGGCCUUCGACCGACUGCGCAGCGUCAUCCCGCAGCUGCAGAGCGACAAGAAGCUGUCCAAGUCAGAGACGCUGCAGAUGGCGCAGAUCUACAUCGCCACACUCAACGAGCUGCUGCGUGGCGGCAGCGGCACGCCGGAGGAGACGGAAUGGGAGGAAGGGAGCGAUGGGGAGGCUGUGCGCGGGGAGCCCCUCGGGGAAGAGGGGCCCAGACGAACGACCGCCAAAUUCUGCAAGGACCACACACACUUGCAGCACUGCAGCCCAAAGUGA